GUUCUAUCUUUAAAAGACAUUUUCGGCCUCCACAACGUCCCCAACAUGGGUACGCUACAGGUCUUAGCAUGCAUCCGAUUCUUACCCCUACUGGAUAUUUAUAAAUAAAUACUCCAGGCUUCCCCGACAAAUCUGAAAAAGACUUUGUUUGUCUCUCAAGUUCAUCGCAGCCAGAUCGCCCAAAUCCGACUCAGAAUGCGCUUUCAAGGCUUUCUGCUGACAGCUAAAUUGGUCAUCUCAUUAUGCACCGCCAAGGCAUGUGCUUCAAAGCAUGGACGCUCUAAUAAGCCAAUGCACGAACCCUCGGUCCUAGACAAGAGAGCAUCGCUAUCUUCGGGGAAGUCUCAACUCCGCUCACAUGAUAACUUUCGAUUUCUCAAUGACGAGACGAGGCCCUACCUCGUGGAGAGCUUGCCUGAUGUGCCGUUUGACGUCGGUGAAUUGUACUCAGGAUCAGUGCCGAUCGACAAGGGCAACAGCUCGAGAACUCUCUUCUUUGUGUUCCAGCCGACAGUGGGGGAGCCUGUAGACGAAAUUACAAUCGAGGUUAAUGGGGGCCCAGGUGCUAGCUCCCUCGAAGGUUUCCUUCAAGAGACCGGCAGGUUUGUUUGGCAACCAGGAACCUAUGCGCCAGUAAUUAAUCCGUAUUCCUGGGUAAAUUUAACCAACAUGCUGUGGGUUGAUCAGCCCGUUGGGACGGGUUUUUCUACAGGCACACCCACUGCUACCACUCAGGAGGAGACCUCCAAGGACUUUGUAGAUUUCUUCAAGAACUUUCAAGACAUCUUCGGAAUCAAGAAGUUCAAAAUUUAUGUGACCGGCCAGAGCUAUGCCGGGCGCUAUGUGCCUUAUAUUGCUGCGGCAAUGAUGGAUCAAAAUGACAAGGAUUACUAUGACGUCCAUGGGGCACUGGCUUACGACCCGGUCAUUGGCCAGUUUGACUAUGUGGGACAACAAGUGUCUGCUGUGCCAACUGUACAGCAGAACACUAACAUUUUCAACUUCAAUGCAAGCUUUAUGAAUGAGCUACAGAGCCUUCACAAAUCAUGUGGUUACCAAGGCUUUAUGGACGAAUAUCUUACUUUUCCCCCAUCGGGGGUUCAGCCUCCGAGGUCUUUUGAUCCUACCAGCGACGCUGAUUGCAAUGUCUUUGAUAUGAUCACCGAUGCAGCUUAUCUAGUCAACCCUUGCUACAACAUGUACGCCAUCAACCAGAUGUGUCCCAUUCUGUGGGAUGUCCUUGGAGGACCUACGAAACUUCAUUACCUACCCGCCGGGGCGACGGUGUAUUUUGAUCGCGAUGAUGUCAAAAAAGCUAUGCACGCACCCAAUAUGACCUGGUCCAUGUCCUCCCUCCAGCCCGUCUUCGUUGGUGGCGACGCCGGAGUCGGGAGACUGGGUGAUUUGUCCGCCAACCCAAUCGAGCAUGUUCUACCUCAAGUGAUCGAAGCCACAAACCGAGUUCUCAUCAGUCAUGGCGAUUACGAUUUUAUCCUCCAGACCAAUGGAACCCUUUUGGCUAUCCAGAACAUGACUUGGAAUGGGCAACUAGGGUUCCAGUCUCAACCGAGCACGCCGAUUGAGAUUGACCUGCCGGAUCUCCAGUAUGCAGAGGUUUUUGAAGAGAACGAUCUUUUCUCAUGGCAUAGCGGUCAAGGAGUAAUGGGCAUUCAACACUAUGAAAGAGGACUGAUGUGGGCGGAGACAUUCCAGAGCGGCCACAUGCAACCUCAGUACCAGCCCAGGGUCGCCUACCGUCACAUCCAGUGGCUACUCGGGCGGACUGAGAGAUUGUAAGGUAAGGGGCAUAUGAAGAACGGGGUAAGUUGGGACCAUGGAAUUGGAAAGAUGAUGAUAUGCUACAUAUACCUAGAUUCUGUUCUGAUAUUAAACUACCUAUUAUGUCAGUUCUCGAGAUAAGGAGACAAGGGUUUUGACCGACGGGAAUACAUUUCCUAAUCAAGCAUAUUCCUAGAAGCAUCCGCUGAUUGGCAUACAAUGUUCCUGAUACCAUUUUUUAACCCGUCAAGAUAUACUUCCCAUCACCUUUCCCGCCAACCAGCCUGAGAUCUCCGUUGUAACGAGCAGGGGUAGGACAGCGCAGCCACAGAAUGAUAGGGAAAGCUGUCUAUCCCGACAGUACCUCAAGACGUUGGGAAGAGAAGACUGCAAGCAUCAUCGAUGUACUCCUCGUAGAUCCAUACAUGUAACGUACAGAUAUACAUACAUGUAUAAACAUGUACGGACCCCGUGGUGGAGACAAAAUACAUGUACCAUACUUGUUUCUACCUUGCCCUAUACAGCGCGUGAUAGCGAAAUCCCAGCCUAGCAUGAUGCUCGACUGAUA